CGGCCUUUGCCUGUUUGUCAUUUAAUUUAGAUAUUUUUAUUAAAAAUAUUGUACUUUUUAUUAUUAACAUUAAAGUGUAUUCUACUCUAACUUUAUUUUAUAUCACUUUAAUUGUAGCAAUACAUUACGGUUUAAAAUGUCGGAAAGAAAAGUAUUAAAUAAAUACUACCCCCCGGACUUCGAUCCGUCGAAGAUACCUCGUAUGAAAUUGGCGAAAAAUCGCCAAUACACAGUACGUCUGAUGGCUCCAUUCAACAUGCGCUGUUGUACUUGUGGUGAAUACAUUUACAAAGGAAAAAAGUUUAAUGCCAGGAAAGAAGAUGUCGAGAAUGAGGAUUAUCUUGGUAUUAGGAUCUACAGGUUCUAUAUUAAAUGCACUCGAUGUCUUCAAGAAAUAUCUUUCAAGACAGAUCCUAAAAACACAGACUAUGAAAUCGAGGCAGGGGCAACACGAAACUUCAUGGCAUUAAAGUUGGCUGAGGAACAGGCCAAGCGAGAAGAGGAAGAGCAAAAGGAAGAGGAGGCCAAUAAUCCCAUGAAAUUAUUAGAAUAUAGAACAGAGCAGUCUAGGCAAGAGAUUGAGCUCCUAGAGAGUUUGGAAGAAUUGAAAGAGUUGAACAGGCGACAGCGUGCUGUAGACUACGAAAGUAUGCUUAAACAGUAUCAGCCAGAGACUACAGAGGAGCGGAAAGUCAGGGAACAGAAGGAAGAUGACGAGUUCAUAAAGUCCAUAAAGUUUAAUAAUACAUCAUCAAACAAAAUAGUUGCUGAAGAAAUAAUUGAAGAUGUAGAUGAAGAUGAGCCUCCAGCUAAAAGUUCGAAAAUAGAACUAAAACCUAAAAAAACAGAAUUAAAUAAAGAAGCGAGUUGGAACAGAAGUAUAGGAGUAUUAUCAAAACAACCAUCAUUGGCUAACCUUGUUAGAACUAAGAAGACGGAAUCAGUCAAUGACAGUAAAAGUACUGUAGUUAGUGAUACAUCCACUGAACCAGAAGUUACUGGAAAUAAAGGAGAUGCCAGUAGUAGUGGUUCUGCACCAACAGGUCUCGCGCUUUUAGCGAAUUAUUCAGACAGUGAUAGUGAUUCAUAGUUAAGUGAUUUUAAUCCAUUCUGCUGUAAUUCUGUGCAUAUAUUGCUUUGACAUUAUUUAUCCUUACUAAUAUUAUAAAAGCGAAAGUAACUCUGUCUGUCUGUCUCGCUUUCACGCCAAAACUACUGAACCGAUUUAAAUGAAAUUUGGUACACAGAUAGUGUAGACCCUGAGAAAGGACAUAGGCUUACUUUUGAAUGCGAUAAAAGGGUUGUAGGGGUUAAAAGGGUACAUGCAAGGUUGUACGUAAGAAUCGUCAUUUUUAAAGCUAUAAGCUUGAAACUUAUAUUUUAGGUUGGUGAUUAAAUAUGAAUAAAUAUGACAUUCAUUAAUAAAUGUUGUAAUAAUUUUACCCUUAUGGGUGUAAAAUAAAACAGGGGAUCAAAGUUUUAAUGUAAAUUCAUGAUUUUUUGAGCUAGAAUGAUUAAACUUUUUUCAUUGGCUAUUUUGGGUUUAUUUUUUAAAUACCUCACUAAUAUAUUCAUUAUCAUUACCUCACUAAUGUUAUAACGCCAAAAAUUACUGAACCGAUUUUAAUGAAAUUUGGAACACAUAAGAAUGGAUAACCCUGAGAAUGGAUAUACUAUACUUUUUAAUUUGGAAAAGGGUUAUAAGGGGAUUGAAAAGGUAUUAAGGUUAAGGGUUUAAGGUAAAUAAAGAAAAAUGGGUUGUAAGGUAUUUAAAGGAGAGUUAAAUGUUUAUAUGGAAAUAUUGUCAUUUUUGAAGCUAGAAGCUUGACGUUUAAUUUUUAGCCUAUUUAUUAAAUAUAUAUUAAGAAAAACUAUUUAUAAAAUAAGGGGUUGAAAGAGUUAUGAAAGAUUGUAUGGAAGUGUCGUCAUUUUUGAAGCUAAAACGAUGAAACUUUUUCAUUUGGCUUUUAUUGGGUUAGGUUAUUAAAGAUUUUUUUCCUGAUUUGGUCACUAUUUUAUGCGGACAAAGUCGCGGGUACAGCUAGUAAAUAAUGUACAAGGCUAGAUAUUUUGUAUCUCUAUUUGUAAAUUUAUAGAAUCCUUAUUAAAGUUCUUGUAACUUAUCAGUUGCAAUCUAAAAAUCUUAAUUAACUUCGUAACUGUCUGUAAAUAUAAAAUUUAUUACUAACGACAUAGUGAAAAUUAUGGAGGAGUAUGAAAUUUUGUACACUUUAGUUUAUAUAGAAGAAUGCAGAAUGCUAAUAUUUUUUUAAAUUAUGGAAUAGAUCGCUUUUUAGCGAUAAAGUCGCUCGUUGAUACCUCUUUAUCUUGUUUAUUAUUGUGUAAUUCAUCUUUUUAUACAGAAUUGUAUAUGUAACUGUAUUUUCUGUAAGAGAAACAUUCAUUCAUAAAAAAUACAUUAAAUCAAUAAAAGAACA